GGAAUAAUUUCCGGGUGCGAAGAGCUGUGGGAGCGGGCGGGAAGCGACGGUGGGAGCGGGCAGGAGAGGGGCCCGGGGACCCGCCAUGUGAGACACCCUGACAGCCCCAGAUUCCUCUUUACAUCAGUAGAAAUGGACAGCAGCAGUUUCAUUCAGUUUGAUGUGCCUGAGUACAGCAACACUGUUCUGAGCCAGUUAAAUGAACUCCGCUUGCAAGGAAAGCUGUGUGACAUAAUUGUGCAUAUUCAGGGUCAGCCAUUUCGAGCCCAUAAAGCUGUCUUAGCGGCCAGUUCGCCAUAUUUUCGUGACCAUUCAGCAUUAAGCACCAUGAGUGGCUUAUCAAUAUCAGUUAUUAAAAAUCCCAAUGUUUUUGAACAGUUGCUUUCAUUCUGUUACACUGGAAGGAUGUCCUUACAACUGAAGGAUGUUGUUAGUUUUCUAACUGCAGCUAGCUUUCUACAGAUGCAGUGUGUCAUUGAUAAAUGCACACAGAUACUGGAGAGUAUUCAUUCAAAGAUUAAUGUUGGUGAUGUUGACUCUGUUACUGUCGGUGCUGAAGAAAAUUCGGAAAAUCGCAAUGGAGUUAAAGACAGCAGCUACUUUGCCAACCCUAUUGAGAUAUCUCCCCCCUAUUGCUCUCAGGUGCGACAGUCAACAACAAGCAGUGAUCUUAGGAUGGAAGCUACUCCAGGUAAAAGUCUACGUAGUCGACUGCAAGAAGAAGGGCAUUCAGAUCGAGGAAGCAGUGGGAGUAUCUCUGAAUAUGAGGUUCAAAUUGAGGGUGAUCAUGAGCAAGGAGACUUGAUAGUAAGAGAAAGUCAGAUUGCAGAGGUGAAAGUUAAAAUGGAAAAGUCUGACAGGCCAAGUUGUUCUGAUAGCUCUUCCCUUGGUGAUGAUGGAUAUCAUACUGAAAUGGUGGAUGGAGAGCAAGUAGUAGCAGUGAAUGUUGGCUCCUAUGGGUCUGUUCUACAACAUGUUUAUUCAUUUACCCAUGCCUCAUCACAGGCUACGGGUGUGUCUGAAACUUUUGGAAACCUUAGCAAUUCAAGUCCUUCAAGGUCAAUGCUGAGCUGUUUCAGAGGGGGUCGUGCACGCCAAAAGCGGAUAUCCACUGGUCAUUUACACAGUGAUGUUCAAGGCUUGCUGCAAGGGACUGAUGGUGAUUCCAUGGUGAGUAAUACAGGAUAUGAAAAUAAUCCACGGGAAAGAAAUGCAAGAAGUCACUGGUAUCCAUACAAUGAGAGGCUGAUUUGUAUUUACUGCGGGAAGUCUUUCAACCAGAAAGGGAGCCUUGAUCGACACAUGCGGUUGCAUAUGGGAAUAACUCCUUUUGUGUGCAAAUUCUGUGGGAAGAAAUAUACCCGCAAGGACCAACUUGAGUAUCAUAUUCGCGGUCACACAGAUGAUAAGCCCUUCCGCUGUGAGAUCUGUGGCAAAUGUUUUCCUUUCCAGGGUACACUAAACCAGCACUUGCGAAAAAAUCACCCUGGGGUAACAGAAGUGAGAAACAGGAUGGAGUCUCCAGACAGAACAGAAGCAUUUGUGGAGCAGAAAGUAGAUAAUGAUGCUUCAGCUUCUGAAGCCAUGGAUUCUAGUAUGGAAGUUCAUGCAAUGUCUAACACAUCAGAUUAAAAUAUUACACUGUAAAGUGCAAAACAAACAAGCACAUUAAUGAUGUAUUUUAAAAAUCUCUUUUUCUUUUAGUAGUCUUCAUUACAAGUAUAAGAGCCUUUUAAUUUUCCUGACCUUCUGGAACUUUUUUUGAAAUUGUUUCUGGAAAAGACUACAUAAAUAUUCUUUGUUUCUAUAGGAGGCUGGGUUGAUGGUUUUUUUUCCACUUUUGAAAAUGCUUAAAAUAUAAAAGACUGUGCUAGGGAACAGAUGGGAAGAGUCUGAUAAAGUGUCCCUGCUGGUUGAUCUGGUAAGACACAAAUUCCAGUGGAGAAAGAUAUUAGAAUAUGAUUUGCCUCUCUGCUGGGUACACAAAGAAGCUGUAGUCUUUAUUUUAUUUUAUUUUACUUAAUUUCAUAAAUCCUAUUGCUGAUAAUGAGGGUUACAUAGCAGUGGGGAAAGAGAAUAUUACAUAUUUGAUUUCUUCAUUUGUACCAUUGAAUUUUUUUUUUCUCUCUAACUGUUUUUGAUAGUCUGUUUAUAUAUAUAAAUCUGCUUUAUAUAUAUAAAAUGCUUUCACUUUUCCUAUUCUGGUUAAAGUGAAUGUAAAAAAUAUGUGAAGGUUUAUAUCGUACCAUUCUUUCAACUGCUAGAUCUCCUCUGUUGAGGAUUUAGGACUUCAGAUUUUGGGAGAAUCUUUUUGGUUUUAGAAGAAUUUUGGUUUUCCUUUUAUUAAACUAUUACUUUGUGUGCAAAUGAGAGCGAAGAGUAUUACCUUGUUUUAAUAGCUUUGCUCUGUAACAUUCGUAAACCAAAUGCCAUAAAUCUAUUAAAUUAUGGUUAAAUUGUUUAGGGGUUUUGUUAGUUGUCUAGAACAUGAACUGGACAACCUGUGGUGCUGACCUUUUUAUAUAUAUAGAGAUAGAUAUAUAUCUAUAUAUAUAUAUAUAUAUUUAAAAAAAAAAAAAAAAGAAAAAAAAAGAAAAAGAGAAAAAGAAAACUAAUAGCAAACCCAAAAGUAGCAUUGUGGUUUUUACUGGCCUCAGAAUCUACCUUCAUUUCGUACUGUAAGAGCAUACCAGGUAAUUAAAUUUAACUUCAUCGUUCUUCUUGGUUGGUUAAUGCUAACCUGAGAGAUAUUUUGUAGUUUAAACUAUAGUAUUUCCAAGCAGUAUUUAAUAGGUCUCUUCUUAGAGAGCUGUUUUCAGGUGCACAAUGACUUCCUACUUGCAGCUCCAAGUGACAUGUCAGCACUUGGAAUUUGUACUUUUUUGUAUUAAAAAAAUAAAACAACAAACAAAUACGCUAUGGGAACUUCAAGCAAUAUGUCUGUUAUUUCACAUGCAAGUAUUACAGAGUUGCUGUGGCUUCCCUCAUAUCUUCAGUGGUUGUUUGCUGCAUAAAUGAAUUACCAACAACUUUUAAAAUACUCUUUGUUUCACCAAAUGUUUUUGUUGUGUUGUUUUUUUUAAUAUGGUGCUAACUUUGUCGUUUAGGUCAGUAUGAUAUAUUAAAAUGUGAAAUGUAAUGGUAACAAUUAAGGAAAAUUAAAAAAAAAAUAAUCACACAAUAGUGCUGAAGAGACCUCAAAAGCAUGAGCUGGCAAACACUACUAUGGAGAUUCUACCUUAUAAGCAAAAUGAAAUGAAUCACAUACUUCUUUGAAAUACAUGUUUUAUAUGGUUGGGCCUUAUUGUUUAGCAAAUAAUGAAAAGAUAGCUGUGAACUAUGUCUAUCUGUUGUCUAAGUCCUGAAAUUUAGAAAAUAAAGGCUCAUUCAUAAAUUAGAGAAAAGAGGUAGGUUUGCUAUCUUGUGAUGCUUUUUGGGCUCCUCUGAAGUUGGGGCAUAUUUGUGCAGUAGCUUUAUUGAAUACACUAGUUCUUAAUAUUGUGACAGUCUGCAAUAAGAAUUCUGUUAAAUACCUAUUUUCAGUAUAAAUCCACUGGCUCCCUGGGGGUAGUGUUAAUUAAAUGCAGUACCUAAUUUGCCUCUUUGUCCUGAAACUGCCUAAAAAAAAGAGGUACAGGGAGAUGGGACAUUGUUUCUCUCCCUGAAUCAACAAUAGAACUAUUGUUUCCAGUAAGGGAAAUUGUAUGUCUGUGUCUAGGGGAGGGGAGGUAGUCUGUAUGUCUACCCACUUUAGAACAUGUUCGUGUUUCUGAUACUGUUUUUUUUCUUACAUGCUUAAGUAAUUAAAUGGAGGAAAAAAAAAAAACAAAAAAAAAACCAACAACCUGAUAAAUUAAGUUUGAGACAUGCAAAAUUUAAGAAAUGUACAGUUAUUCUUAACCCUUAUCUUGGAUCUGUGCUGUGGUGCCUUUGGUGUGACUUUUUCCAUGGAAGUAUGAGUUGAGGAUAGCAGGAUAUGGGUAUUGAUUUUAUAUUUCUUGAAUUUCUCUGUGUCGCAAUCUUAAAACUAUUUAAAUCUAGUUCUUUGUAUUUGUAAAUUUAUUGAACUGGUUUGAGUUUACCAAAGAGUGACUUAUCCAAAAUUGUCUCUGACAAAAGCAAACAAACAAACAAACAAAGCAUAAACACAAAAUCACUUUGAUUGUACAGGUUCAGGUUCAAAACAUUGUAACAAGACUGUUAAGAAGCAGGAAGUGAUCUCUCUCUUUCUACAAAAUCAUGAUUCAGCAAUUUGCAAGUUUUACUUGCUCCUAUUCAUGUUGAUACGCCAUUUACCUUUUCCACUGCUAGCAGUGUUAAGAAUUACCAAGCCAUAACACAGUACUGUAAAUUUCAACAGUGCUUCAAAAGAUGCAUACAUAGGCAAGUAUAAAAUAUCACUCAGCAUUACGUUUACACUUGCAAAGUGUGUGACUCUGGUAGAAAACAAACUUCAAACCUGGCAACAGCAAAUAAAUUGUGCCUUGUCACAUAAUGGUAUGCCAGGAUUACAUUGUCAUGAAACAUGAAGCAUUGUCUAAUUGAAGUUAAUUUCACUAGUUCGCCAAAAAAGAAAAUGCUGUGUUAUUUUAAGCAGAUGAUGGAAGUACUGUACAGCGUCUCAUUUCUGUACAGAUUUAAUUUAGCACGGAACUGUUACACAUUUCAUUUACAAUAAAUGCAGAAGUCAAAAUCUGUGAAUGAGUAUUUGACAGCAAAAUAAAUCAUGAAAUUAUGUAGGCUGGUUCAUAAUUGAGUCUCUUCUUAAUCUACCUUUUUAAAUAUAGACAAAUGUGAAAGCAGCGGCAGUGUCCUUUCCUCUAUAUGUUUAAACAACUAUGACAAACUGUGAAAAUAAAGGAUUUUAUAUCUUUGCUAAUGUUUGUGGUUUUAAACAGUUAUUUUAGUUUACUUAAUCAGUUAUCUUCCGUAUUAUUUUCAAACUUGUAAAUACAUUUAGAAAAUAGCUUUGUGAAUACAGUAUAUUAGCAGUUCAGUAUGGUCAAUAAGUCUCCAAGAUUGGCUCUGCUCUUUUUAGUGUGAAAUCUUUCAGUAGCACAAAGGAUACUGUCGAUUCACUGUUCAGCAGAAUAUACUGUAGGCGUAAAAUGAUAGUUUUUAAUGCAGUCUUCCCAAGUAUAAAUCAAUGUUUUAUGCUGAAGUCUUUGGUUUACCUUUAGACAAAACAAUGAGACCUCUUAUAUAUUAAGUUUGAAUUUUGGGAAGAACAGCAGGAAUAAAAUCAAGGGCUGGGAAAUGAUUGAAUGAGCUUUACCUUUAAAAAUAUAUUAUUUGAAUUUUUGUAUUAGUUUACUGUGAUUCUUUUAUUGUCAUUUUUCUAAACAGGUUUCAGAUGAAACUAUUGAAAGGGACUCAAAUAUGCAACACCUAAUCUAUUUUCCAAGGGAGUUUAACCCUUGAAUGGUGCUUUUUGACUGGUCAGGGUUAUUUAUUAAAUUUUAUAUUUGAAAGUAUUUGCGUAACUGUGUAAAUUCUUUAUACGGAUCUGUUUAGUUCAUUAAUUGUAAACCUCAUAAUACUCAGUGAUUGAAUCUGAAAUUUAGUAAAGUCAUUCAAAAUGUUCAAAGUUUAAACUGUGUGCAUUUCACAUAUCUUUUAACAAGUGCCAGAGUAGUUGUAUUAAAUAUUGUAGUUUCAGUAUAUUUGCAAAUCCCUGUGACAGCAUGAAUUUAGUUGUAUAAGUUUACAUUUAAAAAGAAAAAAGAAAAAAAAAAAAGGCAAAAGAAAC